UUCAUGGCCUCAGGCUAAGAAAACACAACCCAGCAGCGGCAGAGAGAAACUACCAGAGAAACUCCCUCCUCGGCGGACGAACAGCAUGGAGCCGCAGUUAUGAGGAAACACUUUGUGACAGCGGAAAGCCAUGUUUCUGGUGGACAGUGCUGCGAGGCGGGCAGCUGGCAGAAAUCUCAUAGCUGCACCAGGGGUGUUCACAAGACUGUUGUUAAGUAUUUAGCUCGCUCUUACUCUGUUUGCUGAGUCAACAUGUCCUCAAGUGUUUUUGAUUGACCUGGCAGAGUCCAAGAGGAUGAUGUGGAUGUGAUGAUGCCGGCCCAACCUUGACAAUGUAUGAGGUGAUGUCCGGUGACACUCUGUCUUGGAAGGUGCCCAGUCCAAGGCAGAGUGCCACAGAGUCCAGACCUGAGGAGAACUUCACUGGGGAAGGAGGGCCUAUCAAAAUCCUUAAAGUAUGCUUCUCCACCAACAAUAACCUGGGCAGGAACUUCAAGCUGGUCAAAUGUGACAGCUCCUGGCAGAUUAGGGGCAUCAUACGUUCAAUUCUGGUGAGUGGUCGACUGGGGCCAAACAUCGAAUUCGCAGGAUGCUACGGUCUCCUGCUGAAGCACCUGAAGUCAGAGGAGCUUCACUGGUUGCAUCCAGAUCUGACUAUAGGAGAGGUGGAACAACGCUACGAGAGCCAUCACGUGGAAGCCGAGUGGAGGUAUGACCUCCGCAUCAGAUACAUCCCUGUCAAUUUCCUGGAUAAAUUCAAAGACGACAGAUCAACCUUUCUGUAUUUUUACCAACAGGUGCGUAGCGAUUACAUGCAGUAUCAUGCCAGCAAGGUCAGUGAUGGGAUGGCACUGCAGCUCGGUUGUUUGGAGAUCAGGAGGUUCUAUAAAGACAUGAACGCCAAAGGUCUAGAAAAGAAAUCUAACUUCGAGCUGCUGGAAAAAGAAGUGGGCCUGGACCUUUUCUUUCCUCCGCAGCUGAUCAAUAGCAUGAAGCCUAAGCAGCUACGGAAGUUGAUCCAGCAAACGUUCCAGCAGUACGCCACCCUCAAGGAGGACGACUGCAUGGUCAAGUUUUUUGAGACCCUCAGGAAUUUCGUCAACUUCGAUGAAGAGGUCUUCCCAUGUGAACUAGUGCAAGGUUGGAGUCUGUCAGUGGAGCUGGUCAUUGGGGGGAGAGGCAUUCGACAGCGCACACAGAAAGAUGCAGCGGCUGUGUUUCUGGCUGACUUCAAACAAGUCAAAAGAAUUCAAUGCUUGUCCCAGGGCGACGGCAAGGCUCUCCUAAACCUUGACGUGGAGGGCGCCAAACAACGUCUGUCCAUCAAUGUGGCCUCGGUCCCUAUGGCUGAGAACAUGAUGGAUCUCAUUGAUGGGUACUGUCGCUUGGAAAAUGACACAGAUGAUACCGUUAUCUACAGACCAAAUAAAGAUGGCAACACACGGAACUCCCUACCUGAGAUUCCCACGAGCAGCAGAGACACCGGCUCGAUCAGACACAGCAUGGGUUCAGAUAUCUACUGUGAGAUUCUGGACGAAAGGCCGAGAUCAGUUGUGAAGUACGGGAUCGAGCGAAGUGACAUCGUUCUCGGACGGAUUCUCGGCGAGGGCUUUUUUGGUGAAGUGUACGACGGAGUGUACAAAAAAGCUAGUGGCGAAAGGGUAAACGUGGCCGUGAAGACCUGCAAGGACUGUUCACCUGACGUGAUGGAGAAAUUCAUGAGUGAAGCAGUAAUUAUGAAAAACCUGGACCAUCCCCACAUUGUCAAACUGAUUGGAAUCAUCGAGGACGAUCCCGUGUGGAUCGUCAUGGAGCUCUAUCAGUACGGAGAGCUUGGGAACUACCUGACGGAGAACCAGAACAAGCUGACGAACACGACUCUGGUGCUGUUCUGCGUGCAGAUCUGCAAAGCCCUCGUCUACCUCGAAGGGGUCAACGUGGUGCACAGAGACAUUGCUGUUCGAAAUGUGUUAGUCGCCAGUCCAGAGUGUGUGAAGCUCGGAGACUUUGGUCUAUCCAGAUACAUAGAGGACGAAGAAUACUACAAAGCGUCUAUUACUCGACUGCCAAUCAAGUGGAUGGCCCCGGAGUCCAUCAACUUCAGACGCUUCACAUCGGCCAGCGAUGUCUGGAUGUUUGCUGUGUGUAUGUGGGAAAUAAUGAAUCAAGGGCAGCAGCCGUUUUUCUGGCUGGAGAACAGAGACGUGAUCAACCAGCUGGAGCAGGGCAACAGGCUGCCCAAACCGGACAACUGCCCUCCAGCCCUCUACUCGCUCAUGACCCGCUGCUGGUCCUACGACCCCAGGGAGAGACCCAGCUUCACCGAGCUGGUGGUCAAGAUCAGUGACGUCCACAAGAUGGAGAAGGAGCAGGAAGUGGAGAGAGAGCGAGACAGGGCAAGGUCCACCAAAUUCUUUGACCCCAAGUUCAGCUUACAUGAGCCUCCUCCCAAGCCUUCGAGAAUGAAACCAGGCCGCUUUGGGAACACGCUCAGUAUUGGUCUACACAUUCAGCUGAACGAGGCUCUGUGCGCCAGCUCGCCUGACCUGGCCAGCCCGAGCGACUAUCAGUCCCCUGUUGACUCCAGGAACACGCUGGCACUGCCUGUCAGGUCCCCCAGACGUCGCAGCAUGGGGGAGAGUGAGUUCACCCGGGUGGAGCCGAACGGCAGGGGGGACGCCCAGCGCCUCUGGCAGACGGAGCGGUGCAACAUGCAGGACACACUCCGCCAGCAGAAAGAGCAAAUGAUGGAGGACAAAAAGUGGCUGGAGAAGGAGGAGAGACUCCUGGACCCCAUGGGACCGGAGGACGCUGUCAGUCCAGUGCCCGCCGAAGCCGACGAUGACAAAGCAGUGCCCGAGAAGCCCCCGCGGCUCACAGCGCAGCCGGCGCCCACGGCCGAGCUGGACCGCUCCGAUGACAAAGUGUAUCACUCCGUCAUGGACGUGGUCAAAGUUGUCGUCCAGCUGAAGAACGACAUCACUGAGCUGCAGCCGGAGCAGUAUAUCACCAAGGUGAAGUCUGUAGGGAUGGCCUUAAAAGAGCUGAUCGUCAGUGUUAAUGACAUACUGCCCACUUUACACGAGUCCGUCAGGACCGAGAUUGAAGGCACCCAGAAGCUGCUGAACAACGACAUGGCGGAGCUGAUCAGCAAAAUGCGGCUGGCCCAGCAGAACUCCAUCACCUCUUUGAAGGAGGAGUGCAAGAAACAGAUGCUGGCUGCUGCACACACUCUGGCCAUGGACAGCAAGAACAUGCUGGAUGCUGUGGACCAAGCACGCGUUAGGGCUAAUUUAGCUAAGCCCGUUGCCCCCUAGUGGACUGUACACUCUUUUUUUCUCUUCUCACGAGCAGACUUUUCCACACGUCAGUCAGAAAUAACAUUUGCACAUUGUCAGAGUUGAGCCUAAAGCAGAAACUGAAACUGUUCUUUGGACAAUGUCAUUAUGUAAAUGAAUGUCACCUUAAUAUAAAUAUGGACACAUAUAUUUAGAACAGUGUGUAUAAUGCAGUGUCCUUUGGCAUCGUAUCAUUGGUUUGGAUAAACUGUUCUCAUUUUUGAUUGGUGAGUUAUUUACUUAAUUAUCUGAUAACAUUGAUUUUCAUUGUAAAUAUAAAAUAUGUUUCAUGACAAAUACAUUAUGUUUUACAGCUGAGUAAUAGCAAUGUUAUUUACACACACAAGUGGUUUACUUAUUUAAUCCUGUCAGGAGUGAAGUAAAAGCCACUAACAGUUUUAUACAUUCAGAAUUGAAAUGUACGACUCACUAAAUUGUUAAUUGCUGUGACGUGAAAACUACAGAGACUGGGUGUUUUGUAGGUACUCAAUAGCAGAAAGAGAUGGACUUUUUUUGUAGUCAAGUCUUUUAUCUUUACGUUAAAAUUUGAAAUUCUAACACAUAAUUCAAAGGAUAAAAACACACAUGUAUAAGUCUUUAUUAAAGCUUUUCUCUUGUGUAA